GAACAUGCUCCACUUGCAAAAUGGAGUGUAUCGAACCAUUGGCAGGAUGAUGUCUACAAUAAUAGUGCAAGGGGGUGAACCACCUGCAUUCCUGUCCCCGAGUGUGGUGGACUACAUUGUGUCUGGGGACAUCCUUCAAGCUCACGUGACACCUGAUGAUAUAGGUGACCCUGAUUUAAGGGAGAACCUCAAUAAGGUUCAACAUGCAACCUUGCAGGAUGAUUUGGAGAAAGCAGUCAGCUGCUGUGACUCAUGGCGAUAUCAAGUUGAGGGUCUUCCACUCGUAGUCACCAUGGCCAACAGAGAUGUGUUUGUGAAAAAUGCAGUUCUCUAUCAUACUGUUGUGCAACGGCAGAGCUGUCUUGAUCAACUAAUUGAUGGCUUGUCCCACUAUGGAGUUUUAUCACUCUUGAGAGAGAACCCCAGCUUGCGUGUGCUGCUUGACAUACCAGGAGAGGACAAAGGUCAAGAAGCUGAUUUUGUAGCUGGUAUUCUCAAACCAAGCUACUCUGUACUGGGGAGCAACAGAAGAGCUAAAGAGGAGUUGAUGGUGGUCAAAUUUAGGGAGUUUCUACAAUGUGUUGAAAGUAAAGAGCUGAGAGACACAUAUGGGGACAGGACUCUAACAAACGAUGAGGAGGCAUUCCUGAAGACUUUGAGCCCUGGUCACAUCCUGGCAUUUGCUACAGGGAGCAGCAAAGUCCCAGCCAUUGGUUUUCAUCCAACUCCUAAGUUAAUAUUUAUUCAUGAUGAAAACAAACAUCUUCCCAUUGCGCACACUUGUGCUAAUGAGCUUCACCUUUUUGUGAAUGCAAAAACAAUGGCUGAUGAUGAUGAAUUUAACUACAGCUUCCUAGUAGCACUAAUGAAUGGAUCUUUAUUCAGCUUCAUUUAAACGAGACAUUUAACAGCUACCAUUUAAAGUACAAGGGUUAUUUUUUGCAAGCACAACUGGAGCAUAAGUGUAAUGUCCUAAUUUUGAUUUUUACUGUAAAUCUACUAAUUUGCUUAAAUGAGUUCAUUUGUAAAAGAACCCCUGCAGUGAAAUACACCACUGUUUAGUGUAGGGCUCCCCAUGUUUGUCAAACCAGGCUGCUGUGGUGUUCUGUGUACCCUCAGCCCCCUUCAUGGUAACAACCCUAAAACUACACACUACAGCCCGGUGGUUGAUUGUGUCCAUGUCUAAGUGUGUUUCAUAGAGGACAUAGUUUGUCCAUAUUAUAAAGCAGUGAUUUCAU